AUGGCAGAAGCCGGAGUCCAAGCUACGUCGCUUCCAUCAUGGAAGGCGUUGCAGUCACACCACGAUUCCGUUGGACGAUCAUUCGUCCUGAAAGAAGCAUUCAAGUCGGACCCGAAGCGAUUCGAUAAAUUCUCUCAAACAUUCAAAAACACUUCUGAUAACUCGGAAAUUCUCUUUGAUUUCUCGAAGAAUUUAAUCACCGAAGAGACUAUUAAGCUGCUGGUCCAGGUUGCGAAGGAUGCCAAAGUUGAAGAGCUUCGCGAUGCUAUGUUCAAGGGAGAGAAAAUAAACACCACUGAGGACAGAGCCGUGUUGCACGUUGCGUUAAGAAAUGUGUCCGGCGAGCCCAUCGAGGUUGAUGGAAAAGAUGUCAUGCCUGGCGUACAGAAGGAGCUGGAACACAUGAAGGAAUUUAGUAACGCUAUUCGCAGUGGAGAGUGGAAAGGUUACACUGGAAAGCCAUUGACUACUAUCAUCAAUAUUGGAAUUGGUGGUAGUGAUCUUGGUCCAGUUAUGGUUACAGAAGCUCUCAAGGCCUAUGGCGACCGUAAACAAACCCUCCACUUCGUUUCCAACAUUGAUGGUACUCAUAUGGCUGAGGCGGUACGUGACUCUGAUCCAGAGACCACUCUCUUCUUGGUUGCAUCAAAAACAUUCACAACAGCCGAAACCACUACAAAUGCAAACUCCGCAAAAACCUGGUUCUUGGAGAAAACCGAUGGAAAGGGUGAUAUUGCGAAGCAUUUUGUGGCUCUCUCUACCAAUGAGUCAGAAGUCACCAAGUUCGGUAUUGAUGCUAAGAACAUGUUUGGAUUCGAGAGCUGGGUAGGUGGAAGAUACAGUGUGUGGUCUGCUAUCGGACUGAGUGUGGCUAUCCACAUUGGAUUCGAUAACUUCCACCAGUUCUUGUCUGGAGCUCAGGCCAUGGACAAACAUUUCCGCGAAACUCCUCUUGAGAAGAACAUUCCAGUCCUUGGUGGUCUUCUAAGCGUCUGGUACUCCGAUUUCUUCGGUUCCCAGACUCAUUUGGUUUCUCCUUUUGACCAAUAUCUUCACCGAUUCCCAGCUUAUCUCCAACAGCUUUCUAUGGAGUCAAACGGAAAAUCAGUUUCUCGUGACAACAACUUCAUCAAGACCUACACUACCGGUCCAAUUCUUUUCGGAGAACCGGCCACUAACGCUCAACACUCUUUCUACCAACUCCUCCACCAAGGUACCAAGAUCAUUCCAAGUGACUUCAUCCUCGCAGCCGAGUCACACAACCCAACCCCUGGUGACAAACACCAGAAGAUGCUUGCAUCAAACUUCUUUGCACAAGCUGAGGCUUUGAUGGUUGGAAAACAUGACGAAGAGCUGAAAGCAGAAAAUACGCCUGAGCCUCUUAUGAAGCACAAGACCUUCAACGGUAACCGACCUACAACAUCCAUUCUCGCACAGAAGAUCACACCAGGAACGCUUGGUGCUCUGAUCGUCUACUACGAGCAUUUGACUUUCACCGAGGGAGCUAUCUGGAACAUUAACUCUUUCGAUCAAUGGGGUGUCGAGCUCGGAAAGAGUCUUGCCAAGAAGAUCCAGAGCGAGCUUGAUGAGCCUGGAAACCCAUCUGGACAUGAUUCCAGCACUGGUGGAUUGAUUGCUGCGUUCAAGAAGAAGGCUGGUCUUUCCUCAUAG